UUUUAACUGUAUAUAUGUCAAUUGUUUAAGAUUGUGCCUGACGUUCAUUUGUUAUUAAAAAAAAAUACUAUCUUUUUGGUUAUUUAAAAAUUAUUUCCAAAAAGGUGAAAACUAAAACUUUUUCUAAUAAGAAAAAAUUGUAAAUAUUAAUUCUUUAAUAAAAAAGAAAGUGAAAAUGGAAAUUGAAGAAACUUAUCAAUAUUUAAACAAAACCCCUCAAUUUCACGAAAUUGAUAGUUCAAAAACAAAUGUUCAAAAAUAUAUUAAUGGUACAUUGGGACGGGAAAUUAAUAUUCAUCAUGGAGAGGAAUCAUUCUUAGAAUUAUCAGACAGACUAUCCCUAUCAGAUGUAAAUGUCGAUCAAGAGGAAUUAAAUAAUAAUUGCUUUGAACAAUACAUUUGCUCUAUAUGUCACAUACCGAAACCUAGUGCUCGACUUCUUGAUAUUCAUAUUCAAGAAGAUCAUGACAACAUUUUCUUUAAACUUUUAUCCGAGAGACAACCUAUGUACGAAUGCUACAUACAAAGAUGUGAUUUAAAAUUCAACAGUCAAUCUGAAAGGGACGAACAUUGUAUUUCAAUUCACAAAUAUAUCAAAAGUUUUGGAAGUAUUGUUCAUCGAGAGCAACUUGAAAAAUGGGAAUCAAUAAAUAGAACGAAUGAACAAAAUAUGUCACAAAAACGAAAAAAUACGGAUGAUUUUCAAAGUAAUAAAAGAAUAGCCUACGACAGCAAUAUAAUAAUUAACGAAAUGCGAAUAGAGGAACCAAAAUCAACUUUAACGUUCGUUCCAAGACAAAUUUUACUCGACAAAAAACCCGGUGUAAAUUUACGAACUCAUUUAACUUAAUAAGAGUUCAUUUAUAAUUUAAUUAGUGAAAUUUAACUUAGUAAUAAUUAUUUAAACAUAUUUAUAAUUAUAAAAUUUUAAUCUCAAAAGAUUUUAAAUAUUGUAAAAAGAAAUUGUACAUAUUAAUAAAUUUUAAAAGAAAGAUA